UAAAAACACAGGAGAUGCAAAGUAAAAACCAACCCAAAGCAGCAGCACUUGUUCCUCUUAACGUAUGUCAUCUGAUCAUCAGUCCUGUGAUCAAUGCAGCGUAAACCUUCCUUUACACCCUGGGCUUGUCUACACGGGGGAAAAGCCCAGAGUAGCUGCUGUGCACUCGCUAGUGUUCACUAGCUACUCUGUGUGGAUGCUCUGCCUGCCUGCUAACAGUGCUGCGAGUAAUUUUUGUUUUUACCGCUGCCUUGUGCCAGGCCGCGUUACCAUGAGCUUGCCCCUGAACCGCAAGCCCUUCCUGAAUGGGCUGCAGGGGAAGCCGGUGAUGGUGAAACUGAAGUGGGGGAUGGAGUACAAGGGCUACCGGGUGUCUGUCGAUGGCUACACGAACAUGCAGCUUGCAAACACAGAAGAAUACAUAGGUGGUGCAUUGUCAGGACACCUUGGUGAAGUUUUGAUAAGCUGUAACCACGUCCUGUGCAUCAGAGGAGUAGAAGAAGAAGAUGGAGAAGUGAGAGAAUAAGCUUGUAUAUUUCUGGAAAAUAAAGAUCAGUUUUUCACAAAAAACCCACAAAACAAACAGUGCCCUCAGCACACCCAAAGUUAAGCUAAUGCACACAAAGGCACUCUGAGUCAAAGGAAGCUGCAGCAUGUGUAGACAUACCUGAGCUAGCUUUGAUCUAGCUCGCUCCAGAAACAUCCACAAAAGCACGGGUGGCAGCAUGGGCUGCGAAAGCCCAUCCAGGACUCUGGAUAUGUAUACGAGUGACUAGCCCAAGGUGCACUCUGUGCUGCCAUGGCUUCACUGCUAUCAUUUUUGGCGCUAGCUAGAUAUCUAUUUUGGGUAUGUCUACACAUGCUGCAGUGACACCUCUGCAGUGUAGACAUGCCCGUAGAGUCAGGCCUAUUAUGCUUAACAUAACCAAUAUGGCAUGAGGUUAUUUCAACCCUAUUUGAACUACCGGCGGCCCAGAGUUCAGGCUGAGCUUGGAUGUUCCUGCUUUCAUGUUCUGCUUGAGCAAGAGUGUGGGAAAGGGAGCACCAAGGGGAAGUGAGAGAGACAAUCCGGUGGGAAAAAACAAUGAGUAAAGCUGGGGAAGACAGUGAGGGAGGGUGAAAAAACAAAGGGAAGGAGCCUAGAUACAGAGAGCAAACUCUCUCUUUCUCUCCCCUGGUCCUUCGAGCUGAGGUGCAUAGGGCUUGUGGAGGGAGGCAGCCUCGCUUUCCUGCUGUCCUUCUUGGAACUCUUCCAUGGUUCCCGGUCUCCAGGGCUGUCCGCCUGGUACCUUUCGGCCGCACAUUAUUAAAAUAAAGACAUGUAGCAUCACUGACCUCCAAUCAGUGCUUUCACUGAAGGAAUUAAUAGGGUAGGGUGACCAGAUGUCUCGAUUUUAUAGGGACAGUCCUGAUAUUUGGGGCUUUGUCUUAUAUAGGUGCCUAUUACCCCCCGCAACCCCUGUCCCAAUUUUUCA